AAAAGGGGGAGAGGGGGAAAAAUUGCAUCCAUCCGCCAUGAAUAGGCCACAAAAUGGCUCCAGUCAUUUUCACCAAUGAAAAGCAAAUGGAUGCUGAUGGAGAGGCCCCCCAGUGACCCGCCGCGGGAUGCCGCGCACGGAGCCGGAGCCGCAGCGGAGGGCGUCGGCGAGCCGGACUUGGGCUUGGGCUCGGGCAGCCACAGCGUCGGCGGUGUUGGCGAUCGGCGACGCGGGGGGAUGGCCCUCCCGAGGGAGCCGGCGCUGCUCAAUGGGGUUGCCAAGGAGACGGGCCGGCCGCCCCCCUCCCCUGGCCCGGCGCCCCCCGCCGCGCCGGUGCCCGUGAUCGAGCUGGUGCGCGCCGGGCGCCCUAUAAAAGCCGCGGACGCGCCGAGCAGCGCCAGGCAGAACCAGCGCGAGCGAGACGGAGGCAGCAGCACCAACAGCAGCAGCAACAGCCGAGCGCAGCGCUCCGAGCCGGCCAGCGCCCUUGCUCUCGCCCUCGCCACCGCCGCGGGCACAGGCACGGGCACGCCCCCCGCCGGCGCCAGCCUCAGCAGCAGCAGCAGCAACGCCAGCAGCGACGCCCGCAUGGUGCAGCUCAGCCCCACGGCAGCCCCUGCGCUCCCGCUCCAGCCACCUGCGCGAGCCAUGCUCUACGGCCUCGGCCCCCCGCUCAGCACCGCCAGCAGCGGUUUCUUUGGAGAGUCAGAUAACUUCUCAAUGUACAGCAACAACCGAGUGAAAAGAAGGCCGUCCCCCUAUGAAGUGGAGCUCUCUGAUGCAGAAACCUAUGGCGGGUACUCCUCCAUGCGACAACAGAGUCCCAAUGCUGGACCUCACACAAAAGUGGUCCGUCGAAUAUUCACAAAUAGCCGGGAGAGGUGGAGGCAGCAGAAUGUCAAUGGAGCUUUUGCUGAGCUCCGCAAGCUCAUCCCAACUCACCCGCCUGACAAAAAGCUGAGCAAGAACGAAAUCUUACGGCUGGCUAUGAAAUACAUCAAUUUCUUGGCCAAGCUGCUCAAUGACCAGGAAGAAGAAGGAAACCAAAGGGGUAAAGUCAGCAAAGAGAGUGGCCUCGUGCAAGAGGACCUUCUUCAGGACAUGUUGUCUCCAAACUCAAGCUGUGGAAGCUCUUUAGAUGGAGCAGGAAGCCCAGACAGUUUCACAGAAGAACACGAACCAUUAGACCCCAAGCAACACACAAGAGCUCUCCACCAUUCUAUUCUUCCCAUUGAAAACAGUGCACAGCGAUGAUGAACCUGCAAAGAGGCACAGGCAGGCCAUUGAAUACAUGGUAUCUGGAAUGUAUGCAUGUCCUUCACACCCCCCCCUCAAAAAGAAAAUGGGUACUUCCCAAGUUUUCCUGUUGGCUUGAACAAAAGAGCUGCAUAAGAAACCACAGAUGGAUCAAGUGCAUCUUCACUGACAGAGCAUUGAUGGCCUGGGAGGAUUGUCUUGUUAACUCUGUGUUUUUGAAAGAGUUUAACACUCAAAGGUGGAAAUAUGCAGCCAUCUCAUCUUGUAUUCAUACAAGGUUUAAAAGGGAUUGGCCUGACACACUGUCCUUCUGCAGACUUAUCACUGUUGCAGUAUUGUGUUGCCCCUCAUUCCCUGUCAUCUGUUCCAAGCAUCUUCCAUAACAUUGUGCAUCCAUGUGGCCGUGAAAGCCCUUAAAAACCAUCCCUGCAAUGUGGUUUUUCUCCAGCUCACUUUGAGAAAAUGUAUGCAACUUGUCUGCCUUCACUCAAGAGCUUUGCCUUUCUUAUAGAAGAAAGAAAAGAAUCCCUUGCGAAGGAACAGCUGACUUUGUGUUGUGGUUUUCUCUGAAUUU